UUAAACAGAUCUGUUUUAUUUCUUGAAAGACACGUAUUAUCACCAUGGCUCCAAAGAAAAGUGUUAAGAUGGACUUAGGUUCUUUCCUUGCGGAUGAUUCGCUUGGUGGAAGUUCUUGGGCUGAUGAAGAAGUCGACAUGGCUUCCAUUGGUGUUCCAAUGUCUACUGCUGCACCAGUUUCUAGCAGAAGACUCGCUGAAAACAACUCUUUCAACAGAGAAGAGCUGUACGGUUCCGGAAUGAACGAACAAAGACGUGAAAGACAAGAGUACCCAAUCCCAGAUCACCCUCCAUUCAGAGCUAGAGUUGGUAACUUGGCUUGGGAAGCUGAUGAACAAUCAUUGGUUGACUUUUUCGAAACCAAGUUGCAAUCUUCUGGAAUUGUUUCCGAUGUUAAGCUUCCAGUCGACAACCUUACUGGUAGAUUGAGAGGUUUUGGUUUCCUUACUUUCAACUCUAGAGAAUCAUUGGAAGAAGGUUUGCGUUUGAGUUUUGCUGAUUUCAACGGUAGAAAGAUUUACGUUGACGUUGCUGCUCCAGAAAAGGCCGAUGUCUUUGACAUGGACUGGAGAGCUGCCAGAGGCAGUGGACAAUUGAGAGGUGGUGACAGAGGUGACAGAGGUGACAGAGCCGACAGACCACCAAGAAGAGAAGAACCAAACUUAGACUGGGGUUCAGCUAGAGGAUCUGGUGUUUUACCACCAAGAGAACCAAGAGGUGACAGAGGUGACAGAGCCGAUAGACCACCAAGAAGAGAAGAACCAUCAUUGGACUGGGGUUCUGCCAGAGGAUCUGGUGUUUUACCACCAAGAGAACCAAGAGGUGACAGAGGUGACAGAGCCGAUAGACCACCAAGAAGAGAAGAACCAUCAUUGGACUGGGGUUCUGCCAGAGGAUCUGGUGUCUUGCCACCAAGAGAACCAAGAGAAAGAACUGAUAGACCUCUUAGACCUAAGAAGAACGAACCAGAAUUGGACUGGGGUUCUGCCAAGGGAAGCGGAUCUCUUCCACCAAGAGAACCAAGAGAACACAGAGAACCAAGAAAGCAAUCUACUGGCCCAGCUUUGGACUGGAAGAGAGGUCAAGCUUUGGAACCACGUACCAAGGCCACCAAGAAGGUUGAAGAAGAUAACAAGAAGGAAAUCAAACCACAAAAAUCCGUUUUCGAUGUUUUAGCAGUUGAGGGUGAAUCAGACGAAGAAGAAGAAGAAGAAGAAGUAGAAGAACCAAAGCCAAAGGCUGAAGAAGAAUUAGUCAAGGCUACUGCUGAUUUGACUAUCGAUUCCGAAUCUAAGGAAUCAGGCGAUUGGGAAGUUGUUGGCAAAUAGGACGAUGAACGAAAAAAAUUAAAAGAAUGAAAUUAACUCAAUCUCCUAAAUGAUUGUUCAUGGGCUCUAUUAAAGAAGCUCCUUUUGUAUAGAUACUGUCAUGUACUAUUUAGUCGUCGGUAAUGUGUUUAAUAUAUUUUAGUAUAGUAGAUU